AUAUUCGUUCCAGUACGGUAAAACAUGGACGUUACCAAAAAGUGGUGCAUGUGAUGCUUUUUCCGAACAUCCAACGCAGAUUUCUUCGUAAAAAGAUUUGUUUUCGGUAAUUCCGUUUAAUGAUUUGCGUGUCGGGGUCUCUCUCUUAACUGUUCCAAUGUAUACAAUCAGUCCUUGACAGUACAGUCCAAGCAUUGACUCGCUAUAUGGACACGUUUGCAGAAGAUCUGCUGUAGAUAACUGGUGUUGACCAUGAUCACUCCGGCAUUCGAGCUGAGCCAAGACGGCCAGUGUUUGACCGUCGUGGUCCGGGUGCCCUAUACCAGGACCUCAGAGUUCGACCUCUACAUCGAUGGGACAGAUUUGAAGUUCUAUGCGAAGCCCUACUUCCUCAGAUUAACUCUACCAGGACGAAUUGUAGAAGAUGGAAGGGAAAAAGCCUCAUUUGAUAUUGAUAAAGGGCUGUUCACUCUCAAAGUCCCAAAGGAGAGUCCCGGGGAACACUUUGAGGGUCUCCAGAUGCUGACCAGUCUGCUGGCCCCUAAAGGCUCCCGCUCGGCCAGGCCCCUGGUGGAAGAAGUCAGCGCUGAAGCCGGCGGAGCCGCCGCGGAGGGACCCCGCGAUGACGAGGGGGAGGACGAAGAGGAGUACGACUGGCAGGUGGAGCAGCAGGUGUACACCGAGAGCUCCGAGGCGGAGCUGGCGGAGCUCCAGAAGUACGGCUUUGGCAACCAGCGGGCCGGCGUGUUUGCCAGGCUGCAGGAGGAACUCAGCGACGUGAUUGACGUGAAGAACCCCGACGCCACCACGGCAGCGGAGCGGCGGCGGGCUCGGCGAGAGGCGGAGGGCUUGGAUUUCUCCCCGGACCACUACCUGUCGGACCUGUUUGAGGACGACGUGGUCCAGGGCCUGUUGAAGUUCAGGCCGUGGUGGACGGCGUUGAGCCCCGCGCAAGAGCCAGAGGGGGAGGCGGCUGUAUGCUUCACGGACCACGACAAGGACCAGCUGCGGCGCUUCUCCCCCCGCUCCUACCUGCUGGACAAGCCCUGCCGCCAGGCCGCCUGGCUGGGCCUGGUGGAUGUCCUGCUGGCCUACGCCUACGACCAACGCUUCACCGACGGAGAGCCAACGGUGGAAUCUCCGUGGACCAUCCGGAAGCUGAGUGGAACACUGUGCUGGCUGGAGACGUGCAGCUCCCUGCAGGAGGUCACGGUGAUGUUUGGCCGUAGGGUCCUCUGCUACCCCCUCUACCGGCACUUUGACCUGGUCACCAUGGCGAUCAGUGAUGUCGUUCGCAUUCUGCAAUCAGGCAAAGCUUGUGUCCUGAAGUGCCUGCUGGACAUCCACCGAGUGUUCCGGCAGAACGACCCCGCCUACAUCCUCAACGACCUGUACAUCACAGACUACUGCAUCUGGAUCCAGAGAGUCAAGUCCAGGAAGGUGACAGCGCUGGCCGCUUCCUUGCAGAAGACGCCGCUGAGGAAAGGAGACCUGCAGUUGGAGCUGGAGGAUCUGGAGCAGGCGGCGAUCAUGGUCGUGGAGGAGCAGCAGCAGGACGUGGACGAGAAGAAAAAGAAGAAGAAGAAGAAGAGGGAGCAGAGGGGGCAUGGAGGAGGUCCGGAGAGCGUCAGCCAAUCCAGCGACGAAGACGACGAGGAAAGCAGUAGUAGCAGCAGCAGCAGCAGCAGCAGCAGCAGUAGCAGCAGCAGCAGCAGCAGUGACUCCUCUGAGGAGAGUGAGGUUUGUGUGGCUGAAGGGCAGAGCAACGCUCCCCACAGCGAGGAAGGAGGAGGGGGAGAGGGAGGAGGGAAGAAACCAGCCGAGACCAACCCUGUGGAGCGCCUGCAGCCCUCCCCCUCAUCCCCUCCCCCGUCCCCGGCUCCCCUCCCCCUCAGCGCUCCGGCGGAGGGGGAACGUGAGCCCCUCCCGGCCCCGGCUCCCCUCCCCCUCAGCGCUCCGGUGGGGGGGGAACGUGAGCCCCUCCCGGCGAGACGCAGGGUACUGAUCGAGGAGCUGGGGGAGCAGGUGGCCACGGCGCUGCACAUCUCGGAGCAUCCCCGCCGCGUCGAGGUGACCCCCGAGGCCCGGCGCCGUGCCGCGCCAGCCGCCACCGGGAACUUCCUGGAGCUCAGCCCCCGCCGGAACCCGCUGCUCAUCGUGGAGACGGCCGGGCCCCUUGACCAGGAGGACUUCAUCCUCUAGGGAGGAAGAGGACGAAGCGCCUGACCUCAAACACGCCCAGUGGACGCCUUCCUAAGCCCUAGUGGGGAUGGGAUACUGGCAGACUGAUUCUGGCAGACUGUGGGUUGGAUUCUUCCUGGCGGUGCUGAAGUCGAUAUAUCGGACCGUUUCUUCUUUUUUUUUUUACUAUUUUGUUGUUGCAUGUGGAAUCUCUUGUAUUUGUCCCACACUUUCACCGUUGCUUUUGUUGAAUUCAUUAAACUACCAGAAAUCACAAUAAAACACGAUCAGUGAAUCAUUUAAAAUCAAGGUCACUUGCCUCCUUCUGGUGAUUGAAGCAAGCCUGAGCUCCACUUGGUUCUUAGUUCCCACAAGAAGCUGGAAGUGAUCCUGUCUCCAACGCUGCCAAUUACCUGCCAAGGAGAUUCACCGAGGUGUAAAAGGUUACAAUAACAAGGGGGGCAUUUUAGCACUGACUGUUGCUACAUGGAUCAUGUGUUUGAGAUUUCACACUUAUUUUCAACUAACCAAUGCUAGUUGCCUUGGCACGUGCUAGUCGCGUGUUGAUGACACUUCAGUCUGCAUUUGCAUGUCAUUGAGCGGCCACCUAAAUGAUAAUGAGCCUGUUGCCUUUUCUUGCUAAAUGGUUAAAACACAUUUAAAUAUUGGCACUGCUUUUCAGAGUCAUUCAUUGGGAACGCUAAUAGAUAGGUCUUAUCAUAACCAGUAAAUUACAAUACAUGAGCUUUUUCAGCAUACAGCUGAACGCGUAUAUAGAUUUCUUUAGUUAUUAUUAACAGUUAGCCGAAGAUUAUACUCCCUGUUUUCUCACUUAAACACAGAAAUCAACUUCAUUUGUUCCAGUGUUUGUUAUAUGUGAAAUAAAGCAAAAAAAAGACGCUCUCUUCUUCGUAGUUUCCUCUAUUUGUCUCUAACUCA